UCAAGGAUGACCGCAAUAUUAACACAAGAAGACAUCUUCCGUCAACACAUAUGCUUACUGGUACAUGUUUGAUAGUACCUCAGAAACCCGCGGGAACUUAGGGAACAUCACGUGUGUCUUCAUAUAAGUGUGACAUACUUUCAGGACACUGACAUACUACCGGAUAGUACAGUAUAGUGUUCAGUGAUCGAAGAGUCUGAACGUACAACGUAUUAGCUCGUGGAUUACUAAUACGAGGAAUGUUUAGCUGCAGUUAUAUCAUAACCACGCCUGUUGGAGAUUGGGCUAUCAUACACGUAGUUCAGUUGUAAAAGACAUAAGAUACUGUGAUACCAAUUAAGCUUGGCCAGAAACGUAAACUUGUAUAAAAGUCUACAAAACAAAUAUUAUCGGAUAUCACAACGUAUAUGUCGGGUUAUACGAUACACAUACUGUAUAUAACAGAGCGACAAAUAUUACAACUACAGUAAUUUAUUGAAUGACUAGAAAUCGUCUAAAGACUUCGUCAUGGAUUCACUGGUACCUAACUUUGGUCAAGUCGGUCAGCGAGGCAUAGGACAGAUCCCAGGCCAGAACCACGACUGUCAGCAUGGCAUACGACAUCAGGUGACAUACGAGGAAUUGGACAGACCAGCCAAGGAGUUGACUCUAGAAGUGUUGUACCAGCUCUCACUGAAGCUACAAAACACGUCGAGAGGUAACUGGGCAAGUCUCGCCGAAAUCAUGGGCUACUCUAGAGACAAGAUUGACGAGUUCGACCACCAAUCAACUGCCGAGUAUAAACCACCUGGUUAUCUAGUGCUCAGAGAUUGGACAAAACAAGAAAGAGGGCGGUCGUUAUACGUCUUAUUGGAGUCCCUGAAACAAUGCGGUCGGUUUGACUGUGUUGCAUUUCUGGAACAAGAAAUAAAAAAUUUACUCUCCAUGAAGCUGCACUUGAAGAUAACAGACGAAACAGUCAAUCCUGACGCAGUCAAACCAUACUUCCUCACCGUGCCAACCCGUUGCCAGGCGACACUAAAGGAUAGCCUUGAGAACGUAUUUGGCGGCGAGCUGCAGGACUACGAGAUCUGUGCCUCGUGGACAGAUAGAGCACAUCAGUUUAAAGGCAUGCAUUUGUCCGUUCGCCGACAAAGGCGAUCCAAUAUUGGCUCUUCCUUGACAUCAUACCAAGAAUGCACUCACUUCCGCUGUCAGGGGCAACAGAACAACUUGUCAGAUCCUAAUAAUCUGUUGACUGGACAUAGGAACCACCAAAUCACAUGUCAAGAAAAGAGCAUCACUUCGAAGGAGAGAAACGUAUCACCAGAUCAGUUGAACGUUAGCCCAGAAAAUCACACCUUUUCACGAAACGGACAAAGCAUUUCAGUGGGUGAUGAAAAACGUCGUCUAGAAAACUGUCCGGGCCACAAAGAUUACGUGUCGGAAGAAUGCAUGUAUUGUGGCAAGUUCAGAACAUUCACACAGAAAAUAGUUCACUCACAAGCGGAUAAAGAGCACAAUAACAUCAUUGGACGGAAAAUAGAGUCCGGCUUGCAUUGUCGUAGUUGUACAUGUGACAUAUCAGUGAUUGGAGGUGUGUCCCUCUCCGGUAGAGAACGACAGCUCUUGACCACUCAAAGGACAGACAUAUCAUGUGAUGUCACCAGGACAGAACGAGGCUGUGACGUCAGCAGUCGAAAGUUGAGUGACGGUUCAAAUAAUGAAAAUGUCGUGUCCUCUACUACAGAUAUGGACGUUGAUGUUAAACAGAUUGAUGACAGGCCUGAAACGUACAAAAUGUCUUCGGAGACUUCUGGGUAUAAAAGCUUUCCAAACGUGUCAUCAAACUCCGGACACUUAGAUGGUUACUAUGACGACGACAUAUUGAAUGAGACAUUCGUGAAAUCACCUUUCCACACCCAAGCAGUAGUGAGAGUGGUCACGGAAGACAUAACAAUCGAAAACGAUACUGAAAAUGUGACGGAGCUGCAUCCCCACGUCAUGACCCGCUCAAUAUCCGAUACGACAUCAUCAUAUCAACGUUUAAAUAGGGAAACCAUGACUUACAAGGAAACAAACAUGUCUCGAUUCAGAUUCGAUGCCGUACAAGUAAUGCACGGGCCCAAUCUUGGAACCGUCGGAGACAUGUUUUGUCGUCAGCACAAAAGUCCUAUAGAACACUCCGAAGAGGUUUUCAAGAAUACGAAUCAUGAAAUGAGUCCACAUCUGCAGAUACAAGGAAAUGGCAGGGAAAAUAUUGUACCGCAAAAUGGUAGUGGCAAUAUUGUACCGCAAAGUGGCAGUGACAAUACUGUAACGCAAUGGGGUAGUGGCAAUAUUGUAACGCAAAGUGGCAGUGGCAAUAUCGUACCGCAAAGUGGCAGUGACAAUACUGUACCGCAAUGGGGUAAUGGCAAUAUUGUACCGCAAAGUGGCAGUGGCAAUGUAGUACUACAAAGUGGCAGUGGCAAUAUUGUACCGCAAAAUUACAGGGAAAAUAUUGUACCGCAAUGUGGUAGGGAAAAUUGUAUGACGGAAAGUGUAAGGGACAAUAUUUUACCAUCUCGAAACAAUCUUCCCGAAACGCACGAAAUGGUAAACCUUGGAAACGACGUUCUUCCUAAAUCUACACAGAAGCAAGCAGUACCUGCAUUACCGGCCAGAAAGGUCGACAGAUGUCAACAGAUUUCAUCCACUCGUGAGGACAAACCCCCAACCCUCCCUCCACGGAACAGACCGGCACCCUACCCAAGCAGCAGGUCUUCAGCCGUAGAUUCUAAGUUCGUACAUCUUAAUAAGGAGUUACAGAGAUAUCCUGAAUGGCAUCCGAAGGAACAUGAAAACACAGUGGAGAAUAAGAUGAGCCGCUACCUAAAUUCCGAUGGGCACUAUCUGUUGUGGUACAUGACCUCAAAGAAGACCUUGGUACUCAGUGUCAGUCACUUGAGAAAGUUGAUCCACUAUGCCAUAUACGUAGCUCAGGAGAAUGGACAGUUAUCAUAUUUCAUUUUCAAAGGCGAGACGUUCACAGACCUUCACAUGCUCCUGUAUUACUACAAACACGCCGGUCUUAAACCACAGUCACUCCAGGCUCGUCACUCAAACGACUUUCUGCAGCAACAAAAUCUAAGAGGAAGCCGCCAGAUAGCGCGACUGUCGCACGUACAGUUACUGUAUCCGGUCAACUCAUCAAGGGGCCGCUCCAGUGUUUAAUACGAGUUUAUCUGUCACAGGUUGCUCAAAUAUUGAACGCGACUCAACUGUUACAAUGCCGAUCUGUGUGCGAGGCGAGGAAAUUUGUCACUGAGUAGCUUCUUUGUUUAAAAGUCGUUGACAUGCCAUGGGCUGCAGCCGUGUUUAAGACGAGCUAACCUUUCAAGGGGCCGAUCCUGUGUAGGGGACCGUUUCAGUUUACAAGCGAACCUAACAAUCAGGGGGUUGCUGCAGUGUAAAGCAAAUCUAUCUGGCUCGGCGUCGCCUCACUGUUAAAAGGGAAUGUUAAAUUGAGCAGACCUGUCAAGAAACCGCACCACUGUUCAAUCAGAAUACAACCUUCCUGUGUGCCACUCUGGUGUUCAACAAGAAUAUAACUUUCCUGGGCCGCUCCGAUGUUCAACAAGAAUCUCACUUUCAUGGGCCGCUCCAAUUUUCAACAAGAAUCUCACUUUCAUGGGCCGCCCCAAAAGAUCAACAAGAAUCUAACUUCACUGGGCCGCCUCAGUGUUCAACGCCAAUCUGAAAUAGGAUCAUUCCUCGCUCCAGUAUUAAAAGCAAAUAUAUUUGUCAGGAGAGUGCUCUAGCGUUAAAAACGAGCAGCAAUCAUAUCACGGAAUCUCUCCAAUCAUUAAGACGAUACUUCUUGGUUAUCAAACCGAACUUUAUUGCCACGUAAAACGACACAACAGUUCGUUAUACAAAAUACAACAGGCCUCAUUGUUUAAGCUUUGUUAUCAAUAUUACGUACUAUUAUUAUUCCAUUCACAAAGUUAUAUUAGAAUAUAUCUCAUUUUGUUUCUGUUAAUAAUGUUGAUAUAAUUUUAAUAAACUCUUAUUGAAAUGUU